UUGAUUUUUUCGGGACCUCCAUGUGCAAUCAAGCUCGAGUUCUCCCUCUCUCGCUCUCUGAUGAAUAGCUGAAGAAGCUCCAAUAAAUCUGCAUGGACAAUCAACCACAACUAAUUAAAGCUCCAAUCAAGCUCCUGGUGAAGGAUUAACUUUGAAUUGUGUAUUGGGUUAUAACUUCUAAAUCUCUGUUUUUCUCUCUCCUCCUCACUCUUUCUCUCUCUCAAAUUCCUGAUCGCUACCUCUAUGUUAAUUCUCUAUAAUUGGUGUGGGUAAUAGAGAAUUUGUGCUUGUAUCAUUGUGGUGGAGAAGGCAGGUAACAAGGGAAAGGGGAAGGAAGACGACAGUGAAACUCCAACUGUCCGGUUUAGCGGUUCCUAUGCGGUUCGAUGCAUUAUGUGGUCUAACUACAGAGCCGGACCGUUCUAGGUCCCGGGUCGCGGUUGAAUCGAACCGACCGGCCGGUCCGGUCCGGUUUUGAUAACACUGUGCUUUAUUGGCAGGCCUACACGUGACUCACUAUAAAAACUCCACAUUCUUCCCCGCCAAUCUCCCAAUUCUCUCUCUCAACUGAAAAUGUGGAAGAUUAAGCUCCGAAUACCGCUCUCCACAAUUUUUCGCAGAGUUCUUCCUAUAAAUUCCUCUUGUCUCUCAGUCAAUUACAUUCCACAGAAUCGAUUUUUCACUGCUAAUUUAUCUUCCUCACAACUAGUAGUCGGAGAAUCUAGGGUUUUACGAACCCCGACGAGAUGUUAUUUCCUAGGAAAACACCAUUUUUGCAGGACAAAUUUGUGCUCUGAAUCUGCCGAGAAAUUUCGUUGUUGGAACUGUAAUGCUGAGGCUGGAAUGACGCCGUUUCUGUUUUGCAAUUCUUGUCGAAGUGUUCAACCUGUUGAUCACUCUGUGGAUUACUUCCAGAUAUUUGGACUAACAACUGUUUUGAAUGCCAACAGAGAGAAGAAGUAUGAGAUUGAAGAUGAAAACUUGGAGGGAAAGUACAAAGACUGGCAGAAGAAACUGCAUCCUGAUCUGGUUCAUUCAAAAUCCAAGCAAGAAAGAGAGUAUGCUGCUGAACAGUCUGCUCGUGUAAUUGAUGCAUAUCGCACCCUCACUAAUCCAUUGUCAAGGGCAAUAUACAUUCUGAAGCUAGAAGGUGUGGAUGUUGAUGAAGAAGAAAGGAUUUCAGACCCGGAUUUGCUGGCUGAGAUUAUGGAAAUAAGGGAAGCUGUUGAAGAAGCUCAAGAAACCCAGGCGCUAAAUCAGAUUCAGGCUCAGAUUCAAGAGAAACUGACACGUUGGCGUAAAUCCUUUGCAAAUGCAUUUCAAAGCCGAAAAUAUGAAGAAGCUCAAACUUCCAUCCGGAGAAUGACUUAUUACAUACGUGCAAACGAAGAAAUUGUUAAGAAGCUGUAAUGGUGGUCUUCAGUCCUAUGAUUUUUUUUGCACACGUACUUUUGUCAUUUCUUUUUUAAUUUUAUGCUUAACCUUAUAAGAGACAAACAUGAACGUAAUUGUUUUAUUAAACAUAAAGCAUAAGAAAGAAAAGAUGAUUUAGAUAGCUGGAUAAUAUGCGAACAUCUGGAGCAUUGCACUGAUGAAGAUCUUGUGAGAACGGUGCAGAAUACAAUUUGCUGUGUCCAGAUGUUUGCAGAGUUGAUACUUGAUAGUAUGAUGAAUGCAGAUCACAUGGUACAGCCAUCCUACAAAUUCCGUGUUCAUGUACAGGGAUCACUUUUGAUUAUGCAGAUUGAAUUAGAUUCCUGUUUUUCAUUUACUUUUGUUUCCUUACUACUUUUUCUUUCG